AUGCCUCAGGAGGACAUUGCCACGGCCGCCAGCAAGCUAUCGCUGCAUAAUGGCGAUGCAGCACAACAUAAAAACGCGGAUCAGUUCGUCGAGUCGAUGACUGCGGCCCUGCCGCCGACGCGGCAAAAGGCACAAGAGAUGUCUGUAGACGAGCUCAUGAAGGAGAUGAAUCGCGUACCGCUAUUCAUGACCUCCCUGGAUGAGACUGAUGGCGAAGGUGGCGAAAAUGUUAUGCUUGAAGCUAUCAAAGCUCUGGCGCAUGAGGGCACUAAGGUAGAGGUUGCUGAAAACUUCCGCACUCAAGGUAACGAAGCAGCACGAGAUAAGCUAUGGAGCGAUGCUCGCGAGUUCUACACCAAAGCCAUUGGCACGCUGCGCGGUACCAUUACUACCACUGAAGUUGAAGACGACACCGAGCACAAAGUCAUCGAGAUCGACGAAGCAGCAGAAGCCAAAAAGGAGCGCGAAAUUGAGGAAGCAUGCCUUACGAACCGCGCCCUCUGCAACCUCGAGAUGAAAAACCACGGCUCCUGCAACAAAGACUGUGCCGCAGCCCUACGACUCAACCCACGAAACAUCAAAGCCUGGUACCGCGCAGCCUCAGCCUGCCUCUCGCUUGACAAGAUCCCAGAAGCACUAGAUGCCUGCACCUCCGGCCUGCAAUUUGACGCAAGCAACGCUGCCCUCAAAACCCUGUCUACCAGAAUUGCCGCCCGCAGGGAUUACCUUGCGCAACUCGAACAGGCGCGUAUCGCGCGGGAAUCUGCUGCGAGAGCUGAAGCGGCUGCACUCCGGAAGGGACUCAAAGACCGGAACAUACCUACACGUGAGACGGACUCACCGCCAGAGAUGGAGGAUGCGAAGAUUACGUUGGCAGAGAAGACCGGUCCGAUGAGUGAGAUGAGUUUCCCAGUCUUACUGCUGUAUCCGCUACACGCACAGACGGAUUUCGUCAAGACGUUCAGGGAGGGGGAGGCCCUGGUUGACCAUUUGGAAUAUAUCCUGCCCCUGCCAUGGGAUUCUGCAUCGGAGUAUGGGAACCUCGACGAUCUGGAGUGCUACAUGGAGACAGCGCAGGGAGGGCUGAUCAAGGCGGGUAAGAAGCUGGCGUUGAUUAAGUUGUUAGGGAGUGGCAAGGUUGAGAUUGUGGAUGGGUUGGUGAGAGUUUUCGUCGUGCCCAAGAAGCGGGCGAACGAGUGGAUUGAGCAGUUCAAGCUGCGCAGGGGGAAGCAGCAAUAG